AUGCAACCCAAUACCACCAGCCCUCGAGACCAGAACAACAUUGACCCUGCCAUCUCCGGCGCCGCUAUGAUGAGCGGUCCUCCACAGACGCCUCCCCAGCCGGAGCCCACCGGCCAGGAAUCCCCCAAGACGUACGGCAAGCGACCGCUGUCGACGUCGAAGCGCGCUGCUCAAAACCGUGCCGCACAGAGAGCGUUUCGUCAGCGCAAGGAAAGCUAUAUCCGCAAAUUGGAGGAGCAAGUCAAGGAGUUUGAGGCCACCAACGAGGCUCUGAAGCAACUGCAGUCCGAGAACUACCAGCUGCGUGAAUACAUCAUCAACCUACAAUCGCGGUUGUUGGACUCUCAGGGCGAAGUACCGGAGCUGCCUGGGAACAUCGACUUGAGCCAGCCACGGAAUGACAUGCCUGUUCCACCGCCGGGUGCUGCGUCUGCCACGGGGCCCGCGGCAGGCCCUGGUGGUGCUCCCCAGCAAAUGCAGGUUCCGAACCCGGGUGCGUCGAACGAAGAUAUGAACUCGCUAAAUCGCAUAGCAGUUGCUGGUCUGGGCAUGCGUAAGCACCCCAACGAAGAGGCGAAUUUCCUCGGCAACAACUUUCAGACUCGUCGCCCGCGCAAUGACGACGGCCAACCCGAUGGGUCCGAAGCCACGAAAACGGAGCCUCCUCACGGGUUGCCCGUGGUCUCAUGA